GCAGAGGUGAACUGUCAAUGUCGCUGUCAUACUCACUGUCAUUUGUGAGCACCACUCUUUCCGGUGUUGAUCGUCUACAAGCCAGCACACUGCUUUGCAAGCACUGGUGAAAUUUAUUUCAAUUCAAAAUGGGAAGACGUCCCGCAAGAUGUUAUCGCUAUUGUAAAAACAAGCCGUACCCGAAAUCGCGGUUCUGUCGAGGUGUCCCGGAUCCAAAGAUUCGUAUCUUCGAUCUCGGUCGCAAGAAGGCCUCCGUGGAGGAUUUUCCGCUGUGUGUCCACUUGGUGUCCGAUGAGUACGAACAGUUGAGCUCGGAGGCGCUGGAAGCUGGCCGUAUCUGCUGCAACAAGUACCUCGUGAAGUUCUGCGGCAAGGACCAGUUCCACAUUCGUAUGCGUCUGCACCCGUUCCACGUUAUUCGAAUCAACAAGAUGUUGUCGUGUGCCGGAGCCGAUAGGCUUCAGACUGGAAUGCGUGGAGCUUUCGGUAAACCGCAAGGAACCGUAGCCCGGGUGCACAUUGGACAGCCGAUCAUGUCGGUUCGUUCCAGUGACCGCUUCAAGGCCCAAGUUGUGGAGGCACUGCGUCGUGCCAAGUUCAAGUUCCCCGGUCGUCAGAAGAUCUUCAUCUCCAAAAAGUGGGGCUUCACCAAGUAUGACCGGGACGAAUAUCAGAAGCACAUGGACGAAGGACGCCUGGUGAACGACGGAUGUGGCGUCCAGUUUCGUAAUGAUCAUGGCCCGUUGGUCAAAUGGGAACAGCAUCAAAUGUCGCGUCUGAGCUAAACGUGCCAGGAAUGGUGGAAUUGGUAUUCUUUUCGCUUCACGGUGUAUUAUAAAUGUUCAAAAAACAAAGUCCAUUGAAAUAAAGAGCUAGCUCUGCGCUUUGAUGGCAAA